CAUCAGUGCGCGACCGCGGCAUCAGAAUGCUGACAUGGCCGCCUCUACCGAGCUGAGAUUCACUUUAUGUAUCUGUCUUGUUUUUAUCCUGGGGUUUUCUUCGGUUUCCGCGCUCAUUGAGGGACUGUAUUGCGGGACUCAAAGCUGUUAUGACGUGCUGGGAGUCUCGCGUGACGCCAGUAAAGCUGAGGUCGGGCGCGCGUACCGCCAGCUGGCCCGGCGAUAUCACCCGGACAGAUAUCAGCCCGGAGAGAGCGACGAUACCCGCGAAACCGCGCAGCAAAAGUUUCUGCUGGUCGCUACUGCUUACGAGACCCUCAAGGAUGAAGAAUUACGUAAGGACUAUGACUACAUGCUGGACCACCCAGAGGAAUAUUACAGCCACUACUAUACCUACUACAGGAGAAGACUUGCUCCCAAAGUAGACGUUAGGAUAGUGAUUCUUGUAACUAUCUGUGCAGUUUCACUGUUUCAGUAUUACAGCUGGUGGAGUAGUUACACAGAAGCCAUCAACUACCUGAUGACGGUUCCCAAAUACCGCAUCCAGGCUACUGAACUGGCCAAGCAGCAAGGUCUGCUGAAUAGAACCAGAGAGAAGGGCAAGAACCGGCGCUCUAAAGAGGAGAUCCGUGAAGAGGAGGAGCAGAUUAUCAAAGACAUAAUCAAGAACAAGAUAGACAUCAAAGGCGGCUAUCAGAAGCCCAAUGUAUCUGAUAUUCUGCUUUGUAAAAUCAUUCUGUUCCCUUACCAUUUGUGCACCUAUGUGGCAUGGAACUUCUCAUGGUUUUACCGUUUCACUAUUCGCCGGGAGGAGUAUGGGGAUGAGGAGAGACUUUACAUUAUCCGCAAGUACAUGAAGAUGUCACAGGCUCAGUUUGAUAGUCUAGACAACAGCCUGAUCGAGACUUUCCUCAAGCAGCAGCUCUGGAUCAAAGAGAAUUAUGAGACCUACAAAGAGGAGCAGGAGGAAGAAAUGAAGAUGAAGAUGGCCACAGACUCACGAUGGAAACGCUACAGGCGUUGGAUGAGGAGUGAGGGGCCUGGACGCAUCACUUUUGCUGAUGAUUGACCUCACUUGAACAGAGAGCCAUCCCAGAUGCACGUCCAGCCUGAACAGCCUGAGCUCAUAUGAGUAAUGACACACAGCUCUGUGCGUCCUUGUUUACAAUAGACUGACAAUGUGCAUGUCAUUUACAAGACUGCCUUUCCUCAUAUAAAGUCUAUAAAGGCUUUUUGAUUGUGCUUAUGGAGGAUCAUUAGAUUUUUCUGUCAAUGCAUAGGACGAAGA